UAUACAUCACACUCACACCCAUCAACCAUGUUUUCUCUCUCUUCUUUCUCUCUCCUCUGGUUGUCUUUUUCCUCUCAAAGCUUUCCCAGCAACAUCACCUUUUCUUCACCCCAAGGACAGGACAAUACUACACAGCUUUGAAAAAUAAACAAUACCCUUCAUUCAGAUUCAUUAUUAUAUAUCACGGUAAGGAAGGAAAUCCAAAUGACUUGUUGAUCUUUGUUAUUCUAUAAACAAAUUUCCAAGAAUUCCUUUUUUUCAACUUUUCUCUUUCGUCCUCUGGAUGUGCUUCACGUGAAUGCUACGCAGAUUUUAGGGUUUUUAUCUUUCUCUCAUUCUUUUCCCUGAUUUGAGCUUGUUUUAGUUUCUGGGUUUGCUUAGAUUCCUCGUUUUUUAGCCGAAAAACGUCUGUUUUAGAGUAUCGGAUGGUUAGGAUAAGCAUUUAGUUGAGAAAAUGCCGCCUGGAGGAGGGAGGGUUUCAAUGGCGGAGGUUGUUGAAGUAGAGUAUUCAUUUGCUUUAGAGUAUGAUGGACCGCCUAUAACUCAUGAUCUUCCACGAGCUGUUCCAAUUAAUGUGGAAAGUAUUCCGGUGGCUAAGGUUGUUGCUGAGGUUUCUCAGACGGAAAAGUUGUUGUUGCCUGUUGUUCAUCCAAUAUCAGCUUCUGAUAUUUCAAGAAGGUUUUCUAAAGAAUUGAGUCUUGCCUCUGUAACCACUGUUUCUCCUACAUCAGUUAUUGAGUUUGAGCGAAGGAUUGGGGCUGGAGAUGAAUGCUUACUACAGAAAGAACCGUCUUCAAUUUCUGUUUCUCCAGAGUCUGGUAUUGGAAUUGAAGAGGGAGAUUCGAAUAUCUGCAAAUUAGCUUCAGCAGAUGAAUUGGGUGGUUCGUGUAGUUUUACAUCGCAAGAUGAUGGUAUUCAUUCUGGGGAUUUAUUGGAAAGAACCCAUUGUUCGGCUGGGUUUGCAUCUUCCUCUAUGAGUCGCGAAAUUACGAACGAUCCUUCGUGCAGUUUAGGGUCCUCCUCGGGUGCAUUGGAUUUUACCAAUAACUUUGUUAAACCAAAAGAUCUAUCUGGUAGUUCCGCUUUGCAAGAGUUUUCAAAUGAUCACAAGGAUAGUAUAGAUUCCAACGAUUUAAGCCAGCCCGAUUGGUUAUCAAAUGAGUCUGUCUUAAGCAUAGAUUAUCCAUCUUCUCGGGUUUCUUCUCAAAGGGUGGGAGAUGCCAACAGUACUGAUGCAAGAAGGGUCCCAAUCGUUACUUUUCGUGACCUCGAGUUAGCUGAAGAAGAUGCUCGUGAUGAAUUCACUCGUGUUAAACUUGAAACCAUCAGAGAGAAGAGAGAGCCUGAAGUGAAGACCAGGAAAGGAGCUUGCUACAGAUGCAAUAAAGGAAACAGGUUCACCGAGAAGGAAGUUUGCAUUGUUUGUGAUGCAAAAUAUUGUAGCAGCUGUGUUUUAAGAGCAAUGGGCUCCAUGCCAGAAGGAAGGAAGUGCAUUACGUGCAUUGGGAAUUCUAUCGACGAAGGAAAACGUGCAAACUUAGGAAAAUGUUCCCGGAUGCUCAAAAGAUUGCUUAAUGAUUUGGAGAUUAGACAAGUAAUGAAGGCUGAGAGGUCGUGUGAAGUUAAUCAGUUGCUUCCGGAGUAUAUAUUUGUAAACAAUAAGCCUCUAUGUCAAGAAGAGUUGGUUAUAUUGCAAAACAGUCCAAACCCACCGAAGAAGCUCAAACCUGGAAGGUAUUGGUACGAUAAAGUAUCAGGUCUUUGGGGAAAGGAUGGUGAAAAGCCUGCUAAAAUUAUCAGUCCCCAUCUUAAUGUUGGAGGUCUCCUCAGAGCAGAUGCUAGCAGUGGAAACACACAAGUAUUUAUUAAUGGGCGGGAGAUUACAAAAGUAGAACUUCGUAUGUUGCAGCUUGCAGGAGUCCAGUGUGCUGGUAACCCACAUUUCUGGGUGGAUGCAGAUGGGUCAUACCAAGAAGAAGGGCAAAAAAAUACGAGAGGAUACAUAUGGGGCAAGGCUGGGACGAAGCUGAUCUGUGCUGUGCUGUCACUUCCUGUUCCAUCAAAGUCUGCAAAUUCUUAUGGGGAACAAGUUUAUAGUAUGACAAGCAGACCUGCAUCUGAUUAUAUUGACCCGAGAAAUAUUCCAAAACUACUUCUAAUUGGAUCUAGUGGAUCUGGGACGAGUACCAUAUUUAAGCAGGCGAAGAUCCUUUACAAAGAUGUUCCUUUCUCGGAGGAGGAACGUGAAAAUAUAAAAGUACUGAUCCAGAGCAAUGUGUAUGGUUACCUUGGUAUACUACUUGAAGGGCGUGAGCGAUUUGAAGACGAAAGUUUAAGUCAAAUAAGGGGAAGACAUUCUUCUACUGAACAUGUGGCUGCAGGCAGUACUGAUGAUGGUGAUCAGAAAACUGUAUAUUCCAUUUGCCCUAGGCUAAAAACAUUCUCGGAUUGGCUGCUAAAGACAAUGGUGACGGGUAAUCUGGAGGUGAUUUUUCCAGCAGCUACUCGAGAAUAUGCACCACUAGUGGAAGAGCUAUGGAAUAAUACAGCAAUACAAGCUACAUACAACCGAAGAAGCGAACUUGAAAUGUUACCCAGUUAUGCAAACUAUUUUUUAGAGCGGAUUGUUGAUAUAUUGAAGCCUGAUUAUGAACCAUCAGAUGUUGACAUCUUGUAUGCCGAAGGUGUUACUUUGUCAAAUGGACUUGCUUGUGUAGACUUCUCUUUUCCUCAGUCAGCACCUGAUGAUGAUGACAUUGAUUCUGGUGAUCAACACGAUUUUAUGCUUAGAUAUCAACUAAUUAGGGUACAAGCUAGAAGUUUUGGGGAGAACUGCAAGUGGUUAGAAAUGCUUGAAGACGUCAGGAUCGUUGUUUUCUGUAUUGCAAUUGAGUGACUACGAUCAAUUGGGUUCGACGGAGACGGGAUCUCACCAACAAGAUGAUACUCAGCCAGAAAUUCUUCGAGAGUGUUGUUACUCACCCAACUUUCGACCAAGAUGGACCCUUCCUUUUGCUUCUUACGAAAUACGAUGUGUUUGAGGAGAAAGUAGAGCAGGUUCCCUUAACCCAAUGUGAAUGGUUCAAAGAUUUAGGGCCGAUUAUAAGUCGUCACAACCUCCAACAGCAAUCGGAAUAGCAAUGGCAUAACAGUAAUCCCUCCCUAGGGCAAUUGGGUGUACAUUACAUUGCGGUUAAGUUUCAAGAGACGCUUUUUGUCACUUACUGAUAGGAAGCUUUACGUGUCAAAGGUAAAGGGUCUUGAGCCUGAUAGCGUUGAAUGAUGCUCUUCGAUAUGCGAGGGAGGUUAUGAAGUGGGACGAGGAAAAACCCAACGUCAGCUUGAGCGAGUACUCCAUUUAUAGUACGGAGGCAUAGUUCAUUCUCUCAUUAAGGACUUGCUUCUUUAUUAAUCAUUGUACAAUGUACAUAGAGGAUAUGUUGUUGCAUAAAUCCUGAUUAGGUAAAUUGGAUGGUCAUGGGUUUGUUAUAGAAGAUGUUAUAACUUUGUUGUUGUCGUCGGGACUUGUGGGUUUUGUAUUCAGUGUUAGCAAUGUUGGUGUAGUUGUAAAAUCUUGGACCCAAUUCAACCAUAGAUAGAUAUGGGUCCCUCCAUAUAUUAUGAAAGAAUCUACUGUUUUAUCUGAUCA